CGCUGGCGCAUUUGACGAGGCUCCGCGCGAUGCUACCGACAACAGCCGCCUUUGCGCGCCGAUCCUCGGCGCCGUCCGUGCUCUCGGGCCGUGCGGCUAAGUCGGAGGAAGUACGCAAUGCCAUCGACGUGGCGUCAAGCGUCGACGACGAGAACGAUCCGCAGCCCCAUGAGGACACCGGCGACAUUCAGGAGAAGAAUCAACAAGAGUCGUUCUGUACUGCGAAAAAACUCGAGAUUAAAGCAGACAACAAUCAGGAAGAAAACGAAGCUCCUCCAGUCGAUUCCUCAUGGACAAACGACGUAUGCGGAACUCCCGUGACAUUGGACGAGGUCAAGGUGGCUCUAGUUGACGCGCAACUCGACCAUGAGGACGUCCAAGUGACGCUGGAUGAAGGACUCCAGGAUGCCGCGCAGUUCCUUGCCGACCAUCCCCUUCCAGUGGACACGACGCGUGCUAUUGCCGCUGCAUGGAUCGUGCCUUUCGGACUAUCAAGUCGCACGUCCCACAACCAACAACCCGCGACCGAAUGGCCGCAAGCUCUCGCUGACAUCGCGCCAAAACAUUUUCAAGCGUUUUCACGUCGUUAUGACGGACAAGACAAGGUGCCGAUUGCAGGACGCGCGGCAGCUGACGUUGUGAAAGCCCGCCAAACCAAAGCUCGAUAUCACAAUCAGCUCGUUGAGCUCGUUGCCCUUCGCCGCCAAGAUGCUAAAGUGGCACGUGUCAAGGGACAACGGGCAUCCUGGGACGUCAAACAAGAAGACGCGUCGACGCGUCGGGACAACUACUUGCUCGCCCGGCGCCUUCCAACGCGAUCUGUCAUUCAGUCCAACGAAACGUUCGACGGCGACGACUUUGGCACACUUGGAGAAUUGUCUCGCCAGCGAGUAGCUGCCGCAAGCGUCGCACGCGGCGAGUUUCUGACAAAGAGGCAACUCCGCGCGGGGGCUCAAGCAGAUCGGGCCAAAGCCAUCAGUGCCGACGCCGCGGCAAUGCUAGGGCAUUACGAGGUGGUCGCCAUGCAUGACCUGGAAGCGAGACUUGCUCGAGCCGAAGUCCGCCGGACGAUUCACUUGGACAAACGGCGCCUCAUUGCCGGACGUCACAGCAACUAUGUUAAAUCCGUGUACUUGACGAACCGGUACAUGGAGCGGCGUGAAGCGGAGCGCUUGGAUAUGGCCAUGGAUGCCGCGAUCGCCCGCCGCGACGCGCAUUUGGAGUCGGUGCAAAGCCGCGCCAGACGACACAACGUAAGUGUUCACUUUCGAGCUGGCUGUGCGUUCCGUCUCUUUGAUGCGCAAUGGCUCAACCAAGCUCUCCGAAGUGCCGCGGCUCAGCAAGCUGCCGCUCUCCGCCGGGACGCAAUCCUCCAAGAGCGUGGGGCACGACUGCAAGAAGCUGCCCUUCGCCGUCAGCAAGUCGCCCGCACUCGUCUCCGUGUCUCGAUCGAGACGGCGUCUGCGGUCUCGCACCAACUGGCUUCCCGUCUCCACGAAGCAUCUCGUCGUCGAAGUGCGAACGUCGCGUGGGUGCGUCACUGCAUUGCCGGCCGUCGUGACCACAUCCGAGCGCGGAAAAUCCAAGCGGCACAUAUCGCCAAACGUCGCGCAAAAGAGGCUGCGUUGGACAAGGUGAACCAAGCGACCAAGCGCCGUGAAAGUUGGAUCGAGCGGCGACGGGCGGCCGCUGCUGCUCGGAAUUGGUACGCAAAGGUAUUGGCGCACCGCCAGCAAGAAGCCCUUCAAGAAGCCGCGGAGGCUCUGGCGGCACGCAUUCAAGACAAUCAGGCGGCAGCGGCACAGAAACGCGCAGAGUUUGAGCGACCGCUGUUCUCCGAGCUCGUGGCCCUUCGUGCUCUGCGCGUCAAGCACGUCUUGCAUUCGAACCAGCAACUCUUGGCUCGUUUGAGUGCCCGAAAAGCAGCUCUGGCGGCGGUGCGACUCACCGAGUUCGCGCAUCAGCGUGCGCGUACGUCGCAUGCAACGUGGCUACAUACUCAACAAGUUACGGAGCGCCGCGAACACGACCAGGUGUUUCGCCAGCAAUGCGUAGCGUCGCGCGCGUUUGCCCGCCUCCGGUCGGCGGAAAUUCGGCGAGCGUUGGCGUUCGAUGCCAUUCGAGUCGCCGCGGAAGAAGAGCGCGCCCGGGGGGAUGCCGCGCGUCUUCGAGUGCAUAUUCACCAGGAGGAAUUACGAGCGUUUUCAACGUUUCGCCUCAUCCGUGCCGACGAGAAGCGAGCCCUCCGCCAGGCAGACAAGGUCUCGGCUGCGAUUUGGUUUCGCACCCAGGGUCAACUGGCGCGCACGCGAAACUUAUUACGCGAGGAGACGCUGCGGACGUCCAGCGCCCAAGCCGUCCAAGAAGCGUCGCUGCGCAAGUCCAUCGGGCUCACGCUCCGCGCGCGCAAGUACUUUGUAGAACGUGCCGUCGUUGCAACGCGUCAGAAUUGCAUGCGGCUCGUCCUGGCGGAGAAGGAGGCGAAAGCCGCAGCGAAGCUCGAAAGCGCCGCCGCUCGACGGCAAGAUCUCCUGGAGUUCAAGCAAAAGACGGCGCGUCGAACGCUGGAUCGGGUGGUUCUCACACGUCUCGAGCGACAGUCGACGGAAGUCGUGGACAAUGCGAUAAGGACUGCCAUGCAAGCCACGAUCAACUUGCACGCCGAAAGCCGUCGGUAUCAAGUUCUCCAGGAGCGCCAACGCCGGGCGCGUUCGCGGUCCCAACGAGCGACCACGAUUGCGCGAACCCUCAAGACCACGCGGCGACUGGCGGCGCAAUCCAAGCGAGAAGCUGUCGACGAGCGUGUGGAAGAGUCGACGAAGCGACGAGACGCACUUUUGGCGGCAAGGAAACGAGGCCAGAGCACAGUGAAGCAGCUCCAGCCGUAUGCAGGACUGCAAGUGGUGGGCACCGCCAUGACACUUUGGCCCCAGUCUGCUGCAUGAUGGUGCCGUGGCCGCAGCCUUACCACGGCUAGGAACAAACGACGAAACGAUUGAAAACAGACCUGCGUGUAUAGAUAGUUCCAAGUGCACAUAAAUUCCGAGUUAACAGAGUUGCAUGUUGUUCCAUCAUGCUAAUUAAGAGGAGAAAAAAUUCUUCUCACGGAUAGAGAGAUGGAGCUCAGUUGUCAGCGGCCUUAAAGUUGAUCGAGACCGAGUUGACGCAGUGGCGUUCAUCCGUGGGGGUUUUGAAGCCUUCGCCUCGGAACACGUGGCCCAUGUGACCGUCGCAGUUGGCGCACACGAUCUCCGUGCGGUGCCCGUCUACAUCCGGGAUAGCUUUGAUCGCGCCUGGAAUGGCGUCGAAAAACGCCGGCCAUCCACAGCCCGAGUCGAAUUUGUGAGCUGAUGUGUAGAGUGGGGCGUCGCAGCCAGCACACGUGUACACGCCUUCGGCUUUGUGCUUGUUGUAAGCUCCUGUACCCGCACGCUCCGUUCCUUUUUGCCUCAAAACACGGAACUGUUCCGGGCUCAGCUUGGCGCGCCAUUCGCCUUCGCUCAGGUUGAUCGCAGCCAUCUCGUCUUGCGUGGAAAAAGG